AUGUCUGACAAGCUCAAGGAGUUCGUUGACAUUCCCCAGCAGUUCGUUCGUGAGGGCAACCAGUUCCUCAUCAGGUGUACCAAGCCUUCGCACAAAGAGUUUAUUCAGAUCUCGAAGGCGGUCGCGAUUGGUUUCGCGGUCAUGGGCUUCAUCGGCUACUUCGUCAAGCUUAUCCACAUCCCGAUCAACAACAUCUUAGUAGGCGGCGCAUGA